AUGCGUACACGCUCUGUGGUCGUAGAGAUUCGCAUGCACCUACACAUGGUAUACAAUUACCAUAUUCAGUCUUUUCUGUUAGAUUUCGGUCUAAUGGGGGAGAUUGAUGUAAGCCUCUUGGAGACAGAAGCGGAGGUGUUUACACCAAAGCUGGUCUCAACCAAACCAACUAGGGGGUAUGGGCCUCUCAGCGUUCAGUGGGAGCUUCUUUCUAGAGGCGCCAAUGAAAUACCACCACCCAUUUGGCCAACCCCCUGCAUCGGCAGCGGGUGGACAUGGCUUGGGAGUAACGCUGUUCAACGCAGACGAACUAGCCCGAAACCUUCCAUUGAAGCCUUCUCAUCCCUUGCGUGUGAGGCCGUGGAGUGCUCUUCCGCAACUUUGGCAUCUAUUCUAGAUCUGAGGUUAGGCGAAGAAAGAAGAACAGACAAGUUUGGUGCGCGCAGCAGUAAAGCUAUGGAGUAUGCUGUUGUGACAUUCUUUUUCAAGCCACUCAGCCCGUGCGAGAGACUUAUGUCUGGGGUGGACCAAACCUUACCAUAA